AAAGGUAAAACCUGCAAAACUACAAGAUAUGUGGGAAGAAACUUCAUUUUGGCUCCUAUGGGCUCUCCAUAACAUUUUGGAUGAGGAUGGCGUGGACCGCCACGGUGAUGGAGCUGAUGCUUUACAAGUUAACUGGAAGACUGCAUUCAAAGUCGAGACUUUGGAGAAGAAGGUGAAACAAGACCUGGAGGAGUCUUCAUGAUCAAGAGCAGCUAAAGUCCAGCUAGAAGUUGAUGUAAGUCUCAACAUCAGCACCAGAAUCGUAGAAAUGGACAAAGCUAAACUCAAGAAGAUUGCCACCACAGGCCUGAAAGUCCUGAAAAACGCUGUUGAUAUAGCCUCCAAAUUCUUUCCACCUGUCGGAGUCAUUGGUUCUUUGAUUGAUGCGGUCUUGGGUGUUUUCGAGAAGACGCAGAGCAUCACUGAUGUGCAGAAACACUUCCAGGUCAUCAGUCAGGGCCUUGAUGAGCUCUCCCAACAGAACCAGAAGGUCAUGGAAGAUAUCGGGAAGGCGACAACCGACAGACAGUUCAAAGAUGUGCGGUUUAGCCUGAAUUAUCAAUUCAAAAAGUAUAAGGAGAUGAUCGAUGCCCCACCAGAAGAGGUAGAGAAGAGAACCCAGGAGUUUGUGGAGUGCUACGAAGAGGCACAGGGGAGGCAGCAUCUGUACACGCUGUACGAGAGCGUGAUCGGUGUGUCCAAAGUCUUCAGCCAACCCAUCCUGCAGGUGUACCAGCAGCACUCAGGCACCGACCGCGAAACCAUGAUCAACCUCAGCCAGGAGCUCUUCUCCCUGUUCAGCAUCGGCUGCAUCACCAUGAUGGCCCACGGCGUCAUCAUCAAGGACGACGUGGAGGGCCGUGCGAAGGAGUGGGAGGAGAAGAUGGUGGAGGUGACCUCAGCAAUAGAGAAAGCUGUGGGAGAGUUUAAAUAAGAUCUUUCUUCAUGGAGGAAGCUCUAUCCACACACCUGCCAGAUGUCUUUUAGCUGAAACCAACUCAGAAUUAUUGAGAAGGUUUAGCCUCAGCGACGUAUUCCUGCUUGUUUUCCAACAUAUCCUCUCUCACCGACACCUGAGGCCCUUUAAACAGGCUCUGGCAUCGUGGCGCUUCACUUAAAUGAUGAGUUAAACACUUUCUGACAUAAACCUGCAAACUUUCAUCUUUUAACUCUGUAACAAAACUUUAUUGUGGACUUUUGUUUCUAACAGCACUUGGUGAAAAAUGUUUUCAGCUUUUUCUUUUUAAAAACAAGUUUCACUCAAAAGAAAUAAAAAUAAUGAAAUAAUGAUAAAAAAAAAUAUAUUGGAGUUUUUAAAGUUUUUGUGCAUCAGAAAAAAACAACUUUACUAAGCUGAAUUGUUUAUUUGGUCUUUAUGAUUCAUACAUGUUGGUCUUGACGUGUGGAAACUUUAAUAUUUCACUUUGCUGCAGGAAAUUUUAGGGGAAAUCUUUGGAAUAUUUUUCAUUUAUGUUACUCUCUUUCUGUGGUUUAUGGGUCAUGUUUGGUUCUAUACAUAGUACUGCAAAUAAACAAAAAAAAUGA